CAUCACUUUAUAGAUGUCUAAAUUUUGAGGAAUAGUUGAGGACUUCAAAAACAAAAGUCAGCUGUCAAUGAUCCAUCACAGUACCAAUUUGCUACAACUCUGUUUUCUGGGUCUUGUGACUUUUGUCAGCUGAAUUGGUUCAUCGCAAUAGCGAAAAGUGCAAAUUAAGUGAAAUUGUUGGCAAAAACAUUGUGAAAACUCGUCUAAUAUUGCAUUAUAAGUGCUCAAUUUAAUUUCAUUAAGUUAGCAAAAAAUGGCAGACGUCAAAGAAUUAAUAAAUUUGCCCGAUGAUAACAUCGAUAUGAUUGCUGCCACUUCAGUGCUGCAGCAACAAGCAGCUGACAUACGUACCAAGACCAUUAAUUGGGCAUCGUAUAUGCAGUCGCAGAUGAUAUCACAAGAAGACUAUAACGCAAUCAGUGCACUAGACACUGCCAAGGCGGCCUAUCUGCAGAAAAACUCCACUCAAGCAGUGAAAACCUUGUUAAAUUUGCUAGCCCAUGUCUCAAAAGAUCAGACAAUACAGUAUAUACUUGUGCUGAUCGAUGAUUUGUUGCAAGAAGAACGUUCACGUGUUGACUUUUUCCACGACUACGCUAAGCAACAUAAAGAGUGUGUCUGGGGACCUUUUCUUAACUUAUUAAAUCGUCAAGAUGGUUUCAUUGUAAACAUGUCAUCACGAAUUCUAGCUAAACUAGCUUGUUGGGGUCGCGAACUUAUGCCCAAAUCAGACCUUAACUUUUAUUUGCAAUUUUUGAAGGAUCAGCUGACCGUGAACGCCAAGGCAUAUAUAAAAGAGCAGGCCACACUAGCUAGACGUGUGCAGACGAUUGUGGUACAUCAUCACGGACAUGGGCAUGGUAAAGACCAGCAAUCUUCUAAGAAUAAUAAUCAUUACAGUCCGAAUGUGGCGCAACAACAACAAUCACAGCAACAAAUGACAGGCGAGAGAUACCGUGAGAUGACAGUGGAGCAACAAAAUGCUCUCGUCGAUGGCAGGGUACCCAUUCCGGCCAAUGAGUAUGUCCAAUCUGUUGCUCGGUGUCUUCAAAUGAUGCUUCGUAUUGACGAGUAUCGUUUCGCUUUCGUUUCGGUGGAUGGCAUUAGCACAUUGAUUAGCAUUCUAUCGUCUCGCGUUAACUUCCAGGUGCAAUACCAAUUGGUGUUCUGUUUAUGGGUGCUCACCUUCAACCCACUUUUGGCCACAAAAAUGAACAAGUUCAGUGUUAUACCGAUUUUAGCAGAUAUCCUCAGUGAUUGUGCCAAGGAAAAGGUGACUCGCAUUAUUUUAGCCGUAUUUCGCAAUUUGAUCGAAAAGCCAACCGAUCCACAAGUGGCGAAGGAGCAUUGCAUUGCUAUGGUUCAGUGCAAGGUUCUGAAACAGUUGUCCAUUUUGGAGCAACGUCGCUUCGAUGAUGAGGACAUCUCUGCUGAUGUGGAAUUUCUCACCGAGAAGCUACAGAGCUCUGUACAGGAUUUGAGCUCCUUCGAUGAAUAUGCCACUGAAUUACGUAGCGCACGUCUCGAAUGGUCGCCCGUACAUAAAUCGGCUAAAUUUUGGCGUGAAAAUGCUCAUCGUUUGAAUGAGAAGAAUUAUGAGCUUUUGCGUAUACUGGUGCAUUUAUUAGAAACUUCGAAGGAUCAUAUUAUAUUGUCUGUAGCUUGUUUCGAUAUUGGUGAAUACGUGCGCCAUUAUCCCAGAGGCAAACAUGUUUUAGAGCAAUUAGGCGGCAAACAAAUUGUUAUGCAACUGCUGGCUCACGACGAUCCAAAUGUGCGUUACGAGGCUCUUUUAGCGGUACAAAAAUUGAUGGUGCACAAUUGAAAUCCAAGAACGGCAUUGAAACCAUUUUAACAAUCAAAAUAAUUCAGCCAUGAAUGAGUCAAGCACAAUUUUUCAUUCGUACUGUAAAAUUAUGUUUAUUGAAUUCUCAAUUAAUUUGUAUUAAAAAUAUCAUUCAAUAAAUUAAUUUCUAUAGGGAAUACCUGGGCAAGCAAUUGGAAAAGGAAAAUGAGAAUCAACCUCAGAAAGGCGGUUCAGCGCCAAUCAGCGGUAAAGCCUAAAUAAAUAAACUAAAAUGCGUUUGCUUGUCAAAAAUAUGCAAUCGACUUGUGUAGUCGAUAAAGUAAAUGUUAAAUGUACUAAAUCCCUUAUAGAACAAUAAAACAAAAACGGAAUGAUUUCUCGUUAUUCACAAUAAAUAAAUAAAAAAUAUUAAAUCUUACGGAAUUAAAGUAUAAAAGCAACAGCAAAAAUUGCACAUGUAAAAUACUGCAACUUAAAGUGCAAAAUUGUAUUAAACAUUUAGUUUUGUUCAUCAUUCCAUUUUAUUUUGCUUACUAUUCUGUACACGUUUUUGUUUUUGUUAUUGUUGAAAUGCCUUGGUCUUAGAUCUAUUAUUUAUAAAGCUUGUCAAAUUCGUGCGUACAUAAUAUUCUAAAUAUUGUUUAUAUGUUGUUACAGAAGUAUUGAAUUAGUAUUUUUUGUGAUUUAUGCAAAUUUUACGAUCACUUUAAUUGCUUCGUUGCUAAUAUCUGCUGAUAUACGAAGAAGUUUCAAUAAAUAUUUAAAUAAAUAUAUUAUAUAGUAAA